AUGCCAUUCAGUGGUGAGGACCUCUUGAGGAGGUUAAAGGGGAAGAAGCUACUAUUCGUAGGGGAUUCUCUAAGCCUCAACCAGUGGCAGUCACUAACAUGCAUGUUGCAUGCUGCGGUUCCUCAAAACAAUUAUACCAUAACAAGGAAAGGAGGCCUCUCUACGUUUUUUAUGCCUGAUUAUGAUGUUUCUGUUUUGUUAUCGCGCAAUGCGUUUCUGGUGGAUCUAGUGAGAACAGAGGCAGGCAUGGUUCUAAGGCUUGACUCCAUUACAAAUGGCAACGAUUGGAAGGGAUACGACAUGCUCAUCUUCAAUACCUGGCAUUGGUGGCUUCAUAAAGGAAGCCGACAACCAUGGGACUACAUUGAAUCAGGAGGACAGAUACUGAAGGAUAUGGACCGCUUGGCUGCUUUUAAGGAGGGAUUAACUACUUGGUCCAAGUGGGUGGAUUCUAAUGUUGAUGCUAACAACACCAAAGUUUUCUUUCAAGGCAUUUCUCCUACCCAUUACAAUGGAAAAGAAUGGGACGAUCCAAAUUCAGCAACAUGCAGCGGACAAACACAACCUGUGAGUAGUAGAACAUACCCAGCAAGUUCACCACCAGCAGCAACUGUGGUCAACGAUGUGUUGACUGCCAUGUCAUCCCCAGUAACCUUGCUCGACAUAACUCUACUAUCGCAGUUGAGAAAAGAUGGGCACCCUUCUAUGUACGGCAAUGGUGGAAGAACGGGAAACGAUUGCAGCCACUGGUGCCUUGCUGGUGUUCCUGAUACCUGGAAUCAACUUUUUUAUGCAACUCUUGUGACCAGUGACUAAAAACGAAUUAUGAUGUCAACUUUAGAUUUUGUGUUGUAUACUUGAAAAUGGCCUUUAAUUCUAUUCACACCCAAUGUUUUUCUCAUUUCACGCUCAAGAAAUUAU